GAGGUGGGGAGGGGGUGGGAAGGGGGAAUGUGUGUGGAAGCUGUCACGUGAUCAGGGUGCCCUGCGCGGGCGCAGGCGUGGUGGCCGCGUCGCUGUCGCCGCGCUCCGUCGCCCGCGGCCCUUCCCGGUCCUCGCGCCUGGGUCGGCUGCCCGGCGGUCCUGCGGCUUUGCUUCCCGCCGCCGCGGGCCGCGGGGCCAAGGCCAUGUCCCGAAAGCAGGCGGCGAAGAGCCGGCCGGGCAGCGGCAACCGGAAAGCCGAGGUCGAGCGCAAGCGGGACGAGCGGGCAGCGCGCCGGGCCCUGGCCAAGGAGCGGAGGAACCGGCCGGAGUCCGGCGGCGGCGGCUGCGAGGAGGAGUUCGUCAGCUUCGCUAACCAGCUGCAGGCCCUGGGGCUGAAGCUGCGGGAGGUGCCGGGGGACGGCAAUUGCCUGUUCAGAGCUCUUGGUGAUCAGUUGGAGGGACACUCACGGAAUCAUCUCAAGCACCGACAGGAGACCGUGGACUAUAUGGUAAAGCAGCGGGAAGAUUUUGAGCCCUUUGUAGAAGAUGACAUUCCUUUUGAGAAACAUGUGGCCAGUUUGGCAAAACCUGGUACAUUUGCUGGCAAUGAUGCAAUUGUAGCCUUUGCAAGAAAUCAUCAAUUGAAUGUGGUGAUACAUCAACUUAAUGCCCCUUUGUGGCAGAUUUGUGGUACAGAUAAAAGCAACGUGCAGGAGUUACACAUCGCGUACCGGUAUGGCGAGCACUAUGACAGUGUCCGGAGGAUCAAUGACAACUCGGAGGCACCUGCACAUCUCCAGACUGAUUUUCAGAUGCUUCGUCAGGAUGAAUCAAAUAAAAAAGAAAAGAUCAAGACAAAGGGAGCUGACUUAGAAGACGACCUGACAGAUGAAGUAGAAGAUGCUGUCCAGAAAGUUUGCAAUGCAACUGGAUGUUCAGAUUUUAAUUUGAUAGUCCAGAACCUGGAAGCUGAAAAUUACAAUAUUGAGUCUGCAAUAAUUGCCAUGCUUCAGAUGAACCAGGGGAAAAGAAAUAAUGCAGAGGAGAACCUCGAGUCCAGUGGCCGAGAGCUGAAGCAGUGCGGCCCUUUGUGGGAGGAGGGUGGCAGUGGAAUCAGAAUCUUUGGAAAUCAGGGCUUAAAUGAAGGCAGGACUGGAAACAACAAGACGCAGGCCAAUGCUACUGAAGAAAACAAAGCAAAUAAAACCCGACUCCCAAAGGUCACCAACAAGCAGCGGAGGGAGCAGCAGCGACUGGAGAAGAAGAAGCGGCAGGAGGAGCGGCACCGGCACAAGGCGCUGGCGAGCAGGAGUAGCCACAGGGGCAGCGGCAGGAGCGAAGCCGACGCGGGCGCCCAGGUCACCUUGGUGAAGACCUUUGCCGCCCUCAGCAUCUGACUCUGGCCCCCUGGGAGUUGUAAGGAGCAAACGGAAAGCGGAGUGCCGUGUGCCAGGGUUCCUGCAGGGCCGCCCUCCUACGAGACCAAACAGCCCACAGGUCCACACGUUAGCUCACACACUGCGUGUCUGUCAGGCUGCCUCUUUUUCCUUCAGAGUUUUGUUAGUGAUGUGUUUUAUUUCUCAGUGAAGCCAUUUAUGUUCUAUAAUUAAAAUACUGAGUUUUAGGGGUGGAUAGCUAGGUCAGGGAAAACCUUUAAGGUAUGGUUUCAUUUGCCCUGAAAAUUAGAGUUCGGUGACCCUGGGAUCUUUCUUAAUGGUUAGUGUGCACUUUGCUGUAAUUGUUCAUGAAGUAGUUUAGAUUAAUUUCUAUGAAUUCAGAAUGACAGAUUUCCUUUGUUUCUCUUUCAUUUUCAAACAGAGAUUAAUAUACAAGAUAGUUUAUAAAUGAUCUCCAACUCAGGAACAUGUUUGGAUUUAAUUUUAUUCUAAUCCAAGUUAAUCAGAAAAUAAUUCAGGAAGUGUUUUCCCAAGUAAUAGGAUAUGAGGGUUGUGGCCUGUUGUCAGGGUGGGUAAGAAAAGCUCCAUUUCUCUCCUUCCUGCUUCGGAUGCCAUUUCAGACGAGGUGCAGAUGCCGCUAACUUGGCGUGCACUCAAGCCGUAGUGAAAAAUACACCUGACUUAGUUAGGCCUGGGCUUUGUGGAAAUUUGAUAGUGUUGUUGAGUUUUUGGUACUUGUUUCUUGGCAACGAGAAGAUGGCGUGUUACUGUGUAUGAUAAAAUUCCACAGUUCCGAUAGUAUGGAAAGUAGAAUCCAUAGUUGGAAAGGGAGAAAUCAAGAGAUUCCUGAGUUUUUGCCUGGGAAGAUUCUGAAGAGUUACUUGACUGUGUUUGGGAGAAUGCCUGGAAGAAUAUCUAAUGGUUUUCAUAGUCAUAUUUUAAAUAACUGUAUUUUCUUUCCUACUCAUCUAGACUUAGGAAUAUGCCUGAAGAGAAAUAAAAGGGAAUUUGUUGCUAAAUUUUCUUAGUAUUGUUAAAAUGAAAUCCCAUAAAAGGCCACAUUUAUUUCUUUUUACUUGAGCCCUGUUUGGGAUCUUAAUGUUGGAAAACCCUCUGGUACCUGCCAGAAGGUGUCAGUAACUCAGGUAAGGUCAGCGGGCAGAGAACUUCGGCUGAGGUCUUUGAAUGACUCCUCAGUUCUAAAGUACCCGGAUAGGGGCAGUGGAGAGGUGUCAUUCCUAAAACUGAGUUAGGAGGAUAUGAACUUUUAAAACUAAUGUAUGAAGUGGCCAGUCUUAGAUAGUCUUUGCCUUUUGGGGACCUAAUAUUUGGAUAAAUAAUAAUGCUGGAUCAAAAAGUAAAUUAUUACUUUCCUCUCCCACCUUGGAUUUCAUAAUUAUCGAAGUUCUGAGGCUAAGGGAAAACUAUACAAAAGUUUGGACAUGUAUAGAAGCAUCAUUAUUGUCUGGGCUGGCCCUGGAUUCACUGAAUUGUCUUUAUCAGGAGGUGAUACACUUUCUUUGGUUUGGAUGAUGUAUUUGAAUUUUUUAUUUGUUUGACUUUGCUGACUUUUUGUGGUUGGAGCAUCAGUGGUAUUCUGGAAUCGCUCUCAGGACACUGUGUUGGGCUCCUGUCUGGUAUGCUACAGUGUAAUCUUUAGCAGAUUUACAAACUGCUCAGCGUUUCUUCCUUGCGCACUGGGGAGGCCUGUGUUUGAGGCUCUAGUGCUCAGUGUGAACAGUGAAGGGACUCGUUGCCUUACUGUUCCCAAGGGUGUGCUCUAGGGUCCCUUGCUUCACUGUUCUCGCGGCUUUCAGCUCCGGGCGUGUUCCUGACUGUGCCUAAGUUUUACCGAGUGAACAGCCUUGCUUUUCUGCUUUGCACUGUGAGAGCCGAGGAGACCAGACCCUCUCAGAAAAGAUCAAGCUUGUGUACCAGAAAUUUAGCAGAAUUAGGAGUCAGAAAUAGCUUAAGGGAGACCCAUUGUCAGAAGUGGUAAAAUUGCUUUAUUUACUUGGUUAAUGAAGGUGUCCUUGGGCCCUAUUGGGUUUUAGAAGCUGCUAUAAAAAAUUACUAAAGAAUAUUGGACACAUUUAUUUAUAAUUACAUAAUUCCAGUAAUAGGCUUUCAUAUUUCUGGGGUAGAAUAACAGGAUUUUUAAAACUAAGUGGCUUCAGCAAUAUUCUUUCAUUACCACUUCACAGUUUUCCUGUUAUAACUGGUCUGUGUGUAGUAUGUCGGUUAUUAGGAAUGGGGUGCAUGCUUCCAACUUUAGUGAUGUCUUCUAGCUAAGGGUGUGAAUUUAGACUUCACUGUCUCAGUCUCACCAAAGUAUGAGGUAGGUGGAAUCAUGCUUAGCUGCCAUGGUGGGCACUUGACAAUUACUGUAUUUGUAGCCAAGAUGGAGAACCAGUGUGUUUAGUCCUGGGAUGCCUGUUGUCAGUAACUGUUACUAUUAUAGUUACUCCUGUGUGCUCCAUAUUAGAAAGGGAAUCUUUCUCCUCUGUUACAUCUUGGCUGUUAGUUUUAUGUUAUGUAUGAUUAUGUUGGUAGCUUUAAGUGAGGUCAGGAGAGAAGGGAUGGGGCAGUGGUGCAUAGCUGCUUACUAGUCUUAUGAACUGUAUAUAAAGGUUUUAAGGAUUAAAAAAAAGAUUUUUUUUAAAGUCAAAAUAAGAAAUAAAAUUUUAGUGACAACAACUUUAUACUAGAGAGGUAGAUGUAUUGAAAUAAUGUAGAACCAAAACUUCUAAAUGAUAUAGUUGCCAUCAGGAGAUAUUAGAGAGAUAGAAUGUAUAUUUAAUUUUUAAGUAAUAUAAACAAACAUGUGCUUUUAGGAGCAAGCACUGGUUGAGGAAUUGUGGCAGAAAGAAGAAUCUUAAAUCUUGGUUGAGGUUGUCUAUAGUUUCUUUUAUAAGCUCUGAAAGCACUUCCAAACCCAUUUUGAUUCUGAGGGCUUAUGAAGUGGGCCCUCCCUUGUGGGCAGCUAGCUGGGCUCGGAGGGAAUCUUUGUCCAGGUGACUUAUACCUGCUUUCCUGGGGAGCUUUUACGAUGUGAAAGAAUAUGCUCCUAAGGGGUGGGAGGAGGGCCAUGUUAAGUGGGAGAGAGUUGCUCACAUAUUAAGUAGGCAGAUAUCAGAUGGACUUUGGCAUUGAACUGUACUCAUAGUGAAUCCCUGUGGUCAAUGUGCAAUUUCUCUCAUUCUGAGAAACUUUAGAGUCUGCCUAGGUUUUACUGGGUCAGCAUAGAAUGCUAUCAGUUUACUUCUCUGAGACUUUCAUCUUGAGUAUGUAGUUGGUUAAAGGAAACCUGGACUCCUGGUCAGAGUGACCAGCAGUCAACCCUGAUCAAAAAGGUCUUUGUGGAUGGGAUGAAAAUGUAGCUUCUUUGUGUCACUGUGUCACAUCUGUGGCCCUCUCUGGCUCCUGUUCUGGGUAGACACAUAGCUCUUUACCUUUUUACCUCAAGGCUCUGUCUGUAGCAAGCCUUUACACUCAGAGUCUGAUGCAGUUUUUCUAUUUUGCCAUUUUCAUUAUUCACCAUUUCAUUCAUCUCAGCUUUCAGAACAGGUGUUGCUAAAACUCUGGGGCCUUCCGACAGUUGUUCUGAGGUGACUUAAUAAUGGCACUUUUUACAUGGUGUGUGUUCAUGACUCUAAAGCAAUUGUAUUUUUCCACUGACAAUGUUAAAUUGAAGAUCUAGAUGGUGUAUUUAAAUUACAGCAAAUCUUCUGCCAUCUCAUAUUAGAGGAGCAGAUGGGUAAUUGGUCUGAAGGGGAGAGAGCCCCAGUCACCAAGUGCUGGCACAGCAUGGAGCUCUCCUUGUGUGCCACAGUGCCUGGCCCCCAGGGAAGAGCUGGGCCUUGUGGACCACCUGGUUCUGUUCUGUCCCAAGAAAAAAUGCCCUGUAAAAACCUCAGGCUCUCAACCAUCUCUUCUAAGGGGUUACUCUCUGGAGUCUGUCUGUCCUGGUUAGGACUACUUUGUAGCUCAGUUAAAAUGUUUAGCAUCUUUGCAAAUUGUGAGAAGGGGCUGGUACCAGUGAAAAAUGUAUUUCUCUAAAAGCAUGAACUUCUGCAUGGUGACUACUAUAAGCAGGCCAUACCCAUGGUGGAGAGCUGCUUCCGUUCACUGUGCUGGUGUUCAGGGAAGGAAAUGAUCACUGGAUGAGACCUCCGUGGUCUGGCCCUGAUGCUUUGUGUGUCAGCAUCCACGCAGGUCACUGUUGCCAGCUGCCUGUGACGAUCAUUUGAGCUCAGUCAGAGACCUCAGCCUGUGGUUUGAUCCCCUGGCAGGUCCCUCGACCAAAGCUUGAGGGAUGCUGCUGUGGGGCUCCUCACAUCUUCCCCCUCCUUGUUCAUUUUCAUGGUGGGAAGGGCUCACGCUCCCCGGCCACCUUCCUGCGUCCUCCACCAGCACUGAGCACAGGGAGAAGAAGGAAAGAGGCAGGAGCACUUCAGAACUACGGUUUUCUUGCUGAGGUAGAAGUGCCGGUGGACGUUAACCCUUUGUGAAGGAGGGCGAGUGGGUCUGGAGAACAUGGGCCUCCUCAGGCUCUGGAACCUUCUCUUUUAUCUGGUUGCACUAUAUGUGUUCUAGCUUCAGUCUGGAGAUACUCCAGACCUCAAUGGGGUCAUGACCCAUGGACUUAGCACGUCUUGCCUUACCUGUGGAGCUCAGCGGGGAGAAGUGUGACCAUUGUCUGAUGUCCCUAGUUUAUUUCCUCUAGGUUGUUUCUUUCCACAGGUUGUGUUAAUCUGAACCUUAUUAUUAUUUUUUUAAUUUACCAAAGUACUGUACUUGGCUAUUUGAAGUGUUUUGAAAACCAAAUGUUUCUUUUUUUGUGUGUUUUUAAUCUUCAAUACUUGGUGCAAUAGAAGCUGCAAAGAUGUGCCACUUUAUCUAUGAAAUAGAGUUUUGUAUACCAAUAAAUUCUAGUUUAAAGACAAA